CCCCGCCCCCUCAGCCACACAUUCGGCCGCCGUCAGCCGUUACUCUAUGACGUCACCACGUUAGACGAAGGCGCGGAAUUUUUGAAAGCGCAGCAAACCGGAAGCCGUGAGGUGGAGAGCAGGCAUCAUGAACACAUCAACUCCUCAGUCAGGGGGGCGGCAGAAGCCCCUGUCCCCGGCAGGUGUAUACCUCUCUCCAGCCACUAGAUCACAGCCCAUCAGUGCCGCAGGGACACCCACUUUACAGAACUUCACCAGCAAUGAUGAUGAACUGGAAAGGAGACAGAGGCGGAAGUCCAGGGUGAUCGACUUACAGCUUAGCAAUGCAGAUUCCCCUGCAUCUGUUAUCUCCCCCGCACAGAGGUCCGAAGCAAUAUCACUUCUCAUGCCCAAGCUGAGCAAUUCCCAGAUCUCAGACCAUUACUCUACCUGCAUCAAGCUGUCUCAGGAGAAUAGAAUAACAACAAAGAACGCGUUUGGGCUGCACCUGAUUGAUUACAUGGGCGACAUCCUCAAGGAGAAAGGAAGCGAACUGACGAACUUCAAGGUUGCUGCAGGAACUCUUGAUGCAAGUGCGAAAAUCUAUGCAGUGAGAGUUGAUGCGGUACAUGCUGAUGUGUACAAAGUAUUGGGUGGUCUUGGCAAAGAUUCCCAAGGGCCAGAGGAAUCAGAAAAUCAGGGAACCGAUGAUGCUAGUAAAGAACAUGAAAAUAAAAAGCAAAGGAAAAGGCAGCAUUCUGUGGAAACCAUUGAGCAGAACCUCAACAACAUUACCCGUUCAGCAACAGACAGAGUUGAUCAGGUUGACCCUCUCUUUCAGAAAGCAGCUGCUUCAUUUGAUGAAUGCAGUACUGUAGGCGUCUUCCUCACUGCACUCCGGUGCUGCAACUACCGCAGUGAGCUACAUUUUGAUGAUUACUUGAUCCCAUUAACCACCAUUGAAGAAGAAACCUUUCCUGCUCCCAACUCUGUGGACACUGCUGAGCUGAAACCUCUGUUGGUUAAUUGUGCAGAAAAGCAUCCAUUAUGUCCAUCGCUCUCCAAAUUUCGGUUGAUGCAGCUGGAUGGGGAUGUAAAAGAUGAGACCACAUCUACUUUAACUGAUAAAUACAAGGAAAGCGAUCAUGCCUUUGACAUAAAUGCUGAAGUAGCGGAUGAUGGUCCUGAACCUGACAUGGAUGAUUUUGAUGCCGAUAUGUGUGAUGGAAAUGAAGUGGAAGACCUUGGACAGUUUGCAGAAUACCGAGAAGCAUGCAGAUCAGAGAGAAAGGGAUCACAGAUAACUAAAGUAGCAGAAGUGGACAUCAGUACAAUGUGUCUUCAGCUGUCUUCUUGUCCUGGAGAGUAUUCAUACUUCAGUCCUCGCACCAUGUCCAUGUGGGCAGGGCCUGAACACUGGCGCUUCCGUCCUAGACAGAAAAUUGAGUCUGCUGGUGACAAGCAGAAAAUCAAGAAGGCUAAGAAAGUCUUUGUGCUCGACUUUGAAGAGGAUAUUGAUUUUGAGGUUCAUUUUCGUAAGACUAGGGCAGCUACGACACUAGCAAAGUCAACGCUGGAGAACCAGAACAAAAAGUCCACCACGCUGCCAGCUGAUUUCCACUACGAUCCAGACAAUAUUGCAAAGUUAAACUUGAGACCUGCAGAUAGGAUCAAAAAAGUGACUCCUAGGAAUCCUGUUUCUGAGCAAGAAGAUGAUAUCCGAGAAUAUGAUUAUAACAACCCCAAUGAUACCUCAAACUACUGCCCAGCCUUGCAGGCUGAUGAUGAUGACUAUGAUGAUGAUGGACCAUUCAUGGGAGCCAGAGAUGAAUUUACUGUGUGCAAUGGGACAGAGGACAACAGGUUAAGUCUAGAUGGUGAACAUAACCUUAUUGCAGAGCCGCAGAAGGUAAACAAGAUAGAAAUAAAUUAUGCUAAAACAGCCAAAAAGAUGGAUAUGAAGCACCUGAAAACAAGUAUGUGGGGGCUACUGACCAGUGACCCACAAAAAGAUGAGGAGCUGCCAUCUAAGAACGAAACAGAAGCUGCAGUUGUGAAGGAUGAGAAAGUUUUCAGUAACAUCACAAGUGAUCUUCAGAAGAGGUUACCUACCACAAUGGCACAGAACCUCUCUGUUCCUUUGGCCUUUGCUUGCCUGUUGCAUCUUGCUAAUGAAAAGAAUUUAAAGCUGCAAGAAGUGGAUGAUUUGUCAGAUGUGAUAAUAAUGCAAGGAGAAUGACCUCCCGUACUCACUGACCUCGUACAAGAAUCAGCCAUACGACUAUGAAAAGUAAAUGUUUCAGGAUCGUUCCAUUCCCAGUGGACGGCAGAGACACCUCUGUAAAUAAUGUAUUUAUGUGACAUUUUUACAUUUUUUAUUCUUUUCCUCUACAUAUAUAAAAAAAAAAGAAAGCAAAAAUAAAACUUGUCAACUAAAA